AUGAAUUCGAAUUUUUCUGAACAACCUCGAGCAACAGUUCUAUCAUCGAAUCCGCAGACAACACUUGGUCAAGCGCAACGGCGUUUAAUGCGAGAUUUACGUGAUUUAAAUUUAAAUAAAGUAGAAGGUAUUUGUGCUUCACCAGUGGAUGCUCAUAAUAUUUAUUUAUGGAAUGCAAUAAUCACUGGUCCACCAGAUUCUAUUUUUGAAGAUGGAACAUUCCAGUUAACCAUGAAAUUCAACGAAAAUUAUCCAAACCAACCACCAGAAAUUCGUUUUGUUACAAAAAUGCUUCAUCCAAAUAUUUAUACAGACGGGAGUCUUUGUCUUGACAUUCUUCAAAAUAGAUGGAGUGCAUCACUCGAUGUUAGUAGUGUACUCAUAUCAAUUCGUUCAUUAUUAAUUGAUCCUAAUCCAAAUAGUCCAGCAAAUAGUGCAGCUGCAAUAUUAUAUCGAGAUAAUAGACGUGAAUAUGAAAGACAAGUACGAGAAUUAAUUGAAGAGUCAUGGCGCGAAGAUUUAGAUACUGAUAAUGAUGAUAAUUCAGAUGAUGAAGAAAUGAAAAAUAAGACAAGAGCAACAACAACAACAACAACAACUAAUACAACAAGAGAACAAGAAAAUGCUGAAUAA